AUGUUCGCCAACACCAUCAGAGCUGCAAUCAGACAAAACGCAAGAUUGACUAUUGUCCCAGCCAGACAACAACUUUUGAACAAAAAGUACUCUGACCACCACGAGGAAACCUUUGAAGAAUUCUCUACCAGAUACGAAAAGGAAUUCGACGAAGCUUAUGACUUGUUCGAAGUCCAGAGAGUCUUGAACAACUGUUUCUCCUACGACUUGGUCCCACCACCAGCCGUCAUUGAAAAGGCUUUGAGAGCUUGCAGAAGAGUCAACGAUUACGCCACCGCUGUCAGAGUCUUCGAGGGCUUAAAAUUCAAGGUUGAAAACAAAGAGCAAUAUCAAGCCUACUUGGAAGACUUGAAGUCCGUCAGAGAAGAGUUAGGUGUCGAUUUAAAGGAAGAAUUAUUCACUCAAUAG